UUACCAACGUUCGCAGCGACUAUGAUUUCACCGUAUCGGGCCGAUUUGCGCACCAGCCUUCAGGCGUGAUCUUCAGGCUAAUCUUUGCAGUUUAUCGAUGCAAUAAAACUAUAAUUUAAUAAUUAUUUUAUAUAUUUGAAUGACAACCUUUGAUCCAUGCAAGAAGCUUGCGUGUAAGCUACAGACGUGUUUAAAAGAUAACGUAUAUCAACCCUCCAGAUGCGAAGGAGUAAUUGAAGAGUUAAGGAAAUGUUGCAUGAAAAAUUCAGCGGUCUCUCUGGUUUGUGAAGGAAUCGAUAUCUCUAAACCAUAUGAACACAAUACUGUUGAUUAUAAAAAAGUUUUGAAGUAAACUAUGCCCCCAAAAAGGAAAUUAACACUAAGAGAGAGAGGUAUUAUUUAUCGCUAUCCUGCUACUUUUGUUUGGGUAACAGUCAUCAUUGCUGGAACUUUUUCAUUGGGACCUAUUAUCUACUCCUUAACUCACACUGAUGAAGAAGUCAAUGCGUUAAAGAGAAAGAUGAGUAUGUUCAGGGUAUAGUUACGUGAAUCAUGGAAGCAGUAAAACGAGCAAAGCAAAGGUUCAGGAAGUAUCCUUCAUUAGUCAUUGAAUGUCGAGAAUCUGCUUCAGAGUAUGCUGUUUGUGUGAUAAAUAAGAGUAAUUUACAAAAAGAUGAUUGUAAAAAAGAAUUUGAAAAAUUUAAAGCUUGUCUUGUAAGAGCAGCAGCGCACAAUAAAAUAAAAUUGUGAAACUGGUAGCAAUCUUCGUAUCAAUAUGACAAAACACGUUGCACCAAGUGUUAAGAGCUGCAACAAAUCCAUUCCAAAGAAAAAAAGCAUGCAGCCAAACACAGUAGUAUCGCUGCAAAUACAUUGUGCUAUUGCUUUUGUAUUGAGACUUCUACUCAUCACAUAUGCAAAUUAUCACGAUAAGUAUUUUAAAGUACCAUACACUGAUGUAGAUUAUAAAGUGUACACCGAUGCUGCUCGCCAUAUGACAAAAGGAGGAUCACCCUAUGAGCGUCAUACCUACAGGUACACACCGCUGCUUGCAAUGCUGAUGGCACCAAAUGUCUAUCUCCAUCAAGAUUGUGGUAAAGUAUUUUUCUCAGUUGUGGACAUAUUAGUUGCAAAAAUAAUGAGAAAAAUCCUCAUCUGUCAAAAGUUCAAGCCGCAAACUGCUAAUCUGUGUGCACUUUUGUGGUUGUACAAUCCGUUGGCAAUAGUCAUAUCAACAAGAGGGAACGCAGAUUCUCUGGCUGUCUACUUUGUAUUGUGGACUUUGUAUUUAUUACAAAACGAUCAAAUUAUAAUGACGGGAAUAGUGCAUGCUUUGUCAAUACAUUUUAGACUAUAUCCACUAGCAUUCAGUCUAGUUAUGUAUCUGUAUCUCCGAGAGAAAAAUCUGUUUAUUCCAAACAGAAGGCAGCUGAAACUAAUCAUACCAUGUGCACUAGCCCUGUUUGACAUGACAGCCUUGUGCUAUGCAUUUUAUGGAAAAAAGUUUAUAGAUGAAAGUUUAAUCUAUCAUAUUGUUAGAAAGGACGUGAGACACAACUUUUCUGUCUUCUUUUACAUGCUCUAUCUGUCAGCCAAUGAGGGGCCUACCAUUGUACAAAAAAUCUUCACCUUUCUACCACAAGUUUCCAUAUUGGUAGCCCUAGCCUUUCGCUACUCGACCAAAGAGAAGUUACCAUUUGCUUUAUUUACCCAAGCCAUAACCAUGGUCACAUUCAAUCCUGUCAUGACCUCGCAAUACUUCUUUUGGUUCCUGUCUCUACUUCCAAUUUGCUUACCUUACUUGAAAAUGAGUCUGGCUAGAACAGUUGUGCUACUGACUGCUUGGAUACUGAGUCAAAGUUUGUGGCUGUUUGCUGCGUACUUGCUAGAGUUCAAAGGAAUCGACUCGUUCAACUACAUUUGGGCAGCUGGAAUGGUCUUCUUUGCAGUGAACAUCAAGAUACUCGUGGACUUGAUUAAUUGUUAUAAAAUGUAAUUUUUUGUACAAAGAGUUUUUGUAAAACUCUUCCUGUAUUUUAUAGAAUAUAACAAUAAAAUCGAUAGCAAUGAGAGAAACAGCAA